AUUAAAAUCUUUUGAAAUCCAUUUUCUGAUUUCUCCGAAGCUUGGUUUUCCACCACCAAUGACCUCCUUACGACCGUAGAUAUGGCGACCCCCAAUCUUACCGUCAGCGUAGGAGUGAUUGUAUGGAUCCACCGCCACCGGUUGGCCCACCGGCUAUGGGUCCAGGAAUGGUCCCGCCGUCUGCUCCUAACUCCUAACCCCGCGGUGGACAGAUUCCUUACGGUGGCCCUCCAACGGCGCGUCCUCCGUCUUUUCAGGGAAGAGGACCCGGGCCCGUGCGAAGUCAAGGGAAUUUCGAUUCGUACUCGACCUUUCGGCCUCCCCCGGGAAGAUUCGAGAUGGGCCGCGGUGGGGACGUCGGUCAUGGACAUGUUGUAGACAGGAGAAGUGACAGUAUAAGAGGUCGUGAAGUCGGCCAUGGUGGUGGGGGGAGAGGUGGCCGUGGCGGCGGCGGAAGGGGUUAUGGAGGGAGGCACGGAGGGUCCAGUAGAGGGGAUUUAGACAAUGUUUCACUUCCUAGGCAAAAUUUUGGAAAUCUGGUUCCUUUUGAGAAGAACUUUUAUAGGGAGAGUUCUGCAGUUCGAGAAAUGACAGAGCAAGAAAUAAUGCUUUAUCGUAGAACAAGGGAGAUUUCAGUUCAAGGACAUGAUAUUCCAAAACCGAUAAGGAUGUUCCGUGAUGCUAAUUUCCCUGAUUAUUGUCUUGAGGUGAUUGCUAAAUUGGGUUUUGUUGAGCCAACUCCAAUUCAAGCUCAGGGCUGGCCUAUGGCUUUGAAGGGUAAAGAUCUAAUCGGGAUUGCUGAGACUGGUUCUGGAAAAACUCUGGCAUAUUUACUGCCAGCAUUGAUUCAUGUUAUUGCACAGCCACGAUUGGUUCAUGGUGAUGGUCCUAUUGUAUUAAUAUUAGCACCUACGAGGGAGUUAGCUGUUCAAAUUCAAGGAGAAGCUGCAAAGUUUUCUACGCGUGCUAAUAUAAGAAGUACCUGUAUCUAUGGUGGUGCUCCUAAGGGACCACAAAUUAGGGAUCUUAAACGAGGUGUCGAGGUUGUAAUUGCUACACCUGGUCGACUGAUAGAUAUGCUAGAAGUUCAACACACAAACUUGCAAAGAGUGACUUACCUUGUUCUGGAUGAGGCUGAUAGAAUGCUGGAUAUGGGGUUUGAGCCUCAGAUAAGAAAAAUUGUAUCUCAGAUCCGGCCCGAUAGACAAACAUUGUACUGGAGUGCAACAUGGCCAAAGGAAGUUGAAUCAUUAGCAAGGCAGUUUUUAUGCAACCCAUACAAGGUUAUUAUUGGAUCACCUGAUCUGAAAGCAAACCAAUCUAUUAACCAAGUUGUUGAAAUCAUAACAGAGAUGGAAAAGUACAACAGGCUAGUCAAAUUGCUGAAAGAAGUGAUGGAUGGUAAUCGGAUACUCAUAUUCAUGGAGACAAAGAAGGGAUGUGACCAAGUUACUAGACAGCUCAGAAUGGAUGGAUGGCCUGCCCUGUCCAUCCAUGGUGAUAAAAAUCAGGCCGAAAGAGAUUGGGUCCUGGCUGAAUUUAAAAGUGGCAGAAGUCCUAUAAUGACUGCCACUGAUGUGGCUGCACGGGGACUUGAUGUAAAGGACAUAAAGUGUGUAAUCAACUAUGAUUUUCCUACCAGUCUGGAGGAUUAUGUACACAGGAUUGGUAGAACUGGACGAGCAGGGGCCAAGGGGACUGCUUUUACUUUCUUCACACAGGCAAAUGCAAGGUAUGCUAGGGACCUUAUCAAGCUCCUACAAGAUGCGGGGCAGGUUGUCUCCCCCGCAUUGUCCACAUUGGCUCGCUCUGCACCUUCGAAGUUUGGAGGUUCUGGAGGAAACUUCAGCUCCAGAGGACGUGGCAGCUUUGGUAACCGGUCUUUGAUAUCAGGAUCUAAUUAUGUAUCUCUUGGUGGAAAGAAGAGGCCCUGGUAGUUCGCCUAGAGUCGGUGCCGCAAUGAUGCCCCCGACCCUUUUAACGGUUUAUUGUAGGAAAUUAUCUGUG